AUGGAUGGAGCCAGGCGGCAGCGGGCGCUGACCCUCUUCCCCACCUGCCUUGCCCUCGCCUUCUCCCCCGCUGUGGGCAGCCACAGGUGUGAGGGGACCCGGAGGGUGGCACAGCCGCUGUGCCAGGACCAUCUCGGGGGGCUGCACAGCAUCCAGCUCAGCAGGGAUGGUGGUGGUAGCAGGAGGGACAAUGGGAGCCAGGCUGUCCAGGACAUCCGGGAGAUGGGGGAUGACAAGCUCAUCCAGCGCAGGUUCCACGUGGCUCAGUCCUGUCAAGAGAGCCUCAGCUGUGCAGGUGAAAAGUGUAGGAGUUUUCAGAGUAUAAUACCAGCUGAAGGACGAGGUGUCUUGUGGCUGUCCAUCGGGGCUGAGAUCCUGUAUAUCCUUCUGAUGUUGUCAAGGGCCAUCCUUCUGGGCUCCGGAGUGAAUUACCAUAGCUCUGGGUUCCACUGGCUCAAGGUGGAUGCCUAUAUAGCUACCCUCACUUGCAGAAUCACUAUGAAUCUUGGACCAGAAGAUUGGAGGCCUUAGACAUGGAACUAUGGCUGGUCAUACCGCUGAGUCACUGGUUCUUUUGCUCUCUGCAUGACUGUGUCAGUCAUUGCCAUGGACAGAUACACAGCAGCCCUCCUGGAAUCCACAGAGAAGCAGAGGGUACAAAAGGGCAAUCAGCACUCUCACCACAACUUCCUGGAACCUGAGGCUUUGGAAAGUGUUUGGGGAACAGAAGCUGCUUCCAGCCCUGCUGGGCAUGCUCUCAUGAGUGUAUGUGAGCACCUGCCACCAGGUGUCAAGGUGUCCAUAUGCUAGCCAGUGUUUGUGGCUGCCAUAUCUGCACAGGCAGACAAGCCAGGCACAAAUGCCCACAAUGAA